AUGGCUACAGUAAAGUCGUAUGCAAGUGAGGAGGCUGGACGAGGUGACUUUGUCGAAGUGGGAUAUGAACCACUGGACGACCAACGAGCAGUAGCGUUGGUGACACACCCUAAAGCAGGUGCCAUCUCGACGUUCCUAGGUACCACUCGAGAUAAUUUUCAAGGCAAAAAGGUAGUACGGCUCGAGUACGAAGGCUACACGCCAAUGGCAGUAACCGAGCUACGCAAAAUCUGCACCACUCUUCGUGAAAAGUGGCCGGAUGUCGUGGGUGUGGCUUUGUUCCAUCGUCUAGGUAUUGUUGAAGUAGCAAAAGCGAGUGUCGUUGUAGCUGUCAGCUCGCCACAUCGACGGGAGGCGCUGGAAGCGUGCGCUUUUGCUAUCGAUACACUUAAAGCCACGGUACCAAUUUGGAAAAAUGAACAAUACGAAGGCGACGCAAGGGUGUGGAAGGAGAAUAUUGAAUGGAAAAAUGGAAGUAUUGCUAGAUUCAAUGAAUAUCGAAUAAAUGAAAUUGUUAACAGUAUCAUCAAACAACAUCCAGACUUUGUCGGAAACUGCAAAAUUCGGUCAACUCAGUUGGAUCGACUCGUUCGAAAGCUUAUUAAUCAUCAGAGAUCAGCUCAAGAGCCUCCACCAACCACAAAUUCUAUCUUACCACAAGCUGACUAUAAUCGCGUCUCGGAGACACAACUUAAGCAAAUAAAACAGAAAAUGGAUAUCGUUUUUCAGCAAAACAUUCUUCUUCCUGAACAAGCUGGUUAUCAGUACGACAAGCAGAUCAAUUUUCAAGAAGCGACAGAAAGUACCGAUUGGGAUGACUAG